AUGGUAAAGGACUCCAAAAUCAAAGAGUUCCCGGAUAUUAGCAAUAAACUUACAGCACCGACCAAGAAGUCUAUCUUCGAAAAGCAGAAAGCGGAAGCGGAAGCAAAGCGUCAAAGAGAGCAGGAAGAAACAGCUGCUGUCUAUGAAGAUUUCGUAAAGUCUUUUGACGAUGAGGACAAUGGAGUGAGAUCAAGUGGUGGCCCUUCAAGAGGAGGAGGCUUUGGAGAUCGAGGAGGAUUCGCGGGUUUUGGAAAGAGACACUAUUCUGGGCCACCUGCCGGAAAUGCUGGCAAAAGUGGCUUGGGUGGAGGACGUGGUAGUGGACCAGGCAGUCUAGGGCCACCUUCGACAUCACUAUCACGCAAAAGAGCUUACGAUGGAUCGCUACCUACGCAGAGGGAAGGUCUGUUCGCUUUUGAAGAUGCUAAGGAGGGUCCAGCAGACCCCAAGACUGCUUUACAGCACUCAGACGACGAAGACACUGGCAGUAAUUCGAGGACGCAGGAGAGAGCUAUACCAAAGCCUACAAUUCGUCUGUCAUCUCUGCCACCAGGCACGUCGCCUGCCGCAAUCAAGGCUAUCCUGCCCCCAAAUUUGACAGUGGACGCAAUACGAAUGUUGCCUCCCUCUGGGCCCGGAACAAUGGAGCGGAAGUCUUCAUCAGCGGUUGUGACUCUGGCUAAAGACACACCCGCGCUCGACAUUGAUACCGUUGUUAGCGCUCUGCAAAACAGAUACAUGGGCCGUGGCUUCUAUCUAUCGCUUUCGAGGCAUUUAUCCUCGGCUUCGAUAGGCCUGGAUACGCCACCGUUGGGCCUCUCGUCUUCAAUAUCCUCCCUCCCAUUUGGUGCACGUCCUAUACCACCUCCCAAUCUGGGGAGAGCACCCCCAGGUGGACAUCGCGGCGGAUUUGCUCCACCAUCAUCGUACAAUUCAACACAAUAUGGGAGAAGCGCUCCUCAAGUCCAAGUCAAUGUCAAUCCACCAGGAGAUCUUAAGCAGCUCAAGCUUAUACACAAGACUCUGGAGGCGCUACUGACCCAUGGCCCUGAGUUUGAGGCUCUCCUUAUGAGCAGAAAGGAGGUUAAAAACGACGAGAAAUGGGCAUGGCUAUGGGAUUCUCGUAGUGCUGGCGGUGUGUACUAUCGCUGGAGACUGUGGGACAUUCUUACAGGAGCAUCAAGACGAAAAGGGCGCGACUUCUCAUCUUCCCAGCACAUCUUUGAAGGUGGAGCAGCAUGGGCAAUGCCAGAUAGAGGCCUGCCUUUCGAGUACGCGACCCGCCUCGAAGAGCUUGUCUCAGACUCGGAUUACGACUCAUCUGAAGACGAAGACUCUGGAGACGAAGGACGUAGACGAUACGCUCACCAUCACGGAGGAGCACCCCCACCCGACGGACCCAGUCUAGAUGCCGACAACGAAGCCUACCUUAACCCACUUCAAAAAGCGAAACUUGUCCACCUCCUCGCAAGACUUCCUACAACCAACGCCAAGCUCCGUCGAGGCGACGUAGCUCGCGUAACGGCUUUUGCAAUCCAGCACGCCGGCGAAGGCGCAGAAGAAGUAGUCCAGAUGAUUGUAUCCAACGUACAAAACCCCUUCGCGUUCACCAGCGCCAAUCCAGACCGCCAGCCCCCAAAUGAAGAAAAAGACGACGACCCACCCGCGGAAAACACACCCAACCCUUCAACAAUGGAAAAAGAAAUAGAAGACCUUUCCCCAGCCAAACUCAUAGCUCUGUACCUAAUCUCCGACAUCCUCUCCUCCAGCUCCACCUCCGGCGUCCGCCACGCUUGGCGCUACCGCCAACUUUUCGAAGCCGCCCUCAAACGCCACAAAACCUUCGAACAUCUCGGCCGCCUAGACAAACGCAUGAAUUGGGGCCGUCUGCGUGCCGAGAAAUGGAAACGCAGCGUCCAAAGCGUGUUAGCGCUAUGGGAAGGCUGGUGUGUCUUUCCGCAAGCGAGUCAGGAGCAUUUCGGUAGCGUCUUCGCCAAUCCGCCGCUUGGGAAGGAGGAGGAGGCGGCAAAGAUGGCGAGUGAGGAGGCAGAGAAGGUGGCGGAGAAGGCGAAGAGUAGGUGGAAGACGGUGGAUGAGCAGACGGCGGAGAGAGAAGCUGAGAUGGCGAAGCGGGCGGAGGAGGAUGAUAAGAUGGAUGUGGAUGGUGAGCCGAUGGUUGAGGAUGAAGGAGAUGUGGAUGGCGUGCCGAUGGAGGAUGAGGAUGAGGAUGUUGAUGGCGAGCCCAUGGUUGAUUCGGACGACGAACAACCCAGCGUUCCUAGAACAGAAGGAUCAGAGGAUCAGCCUAAAGCAGAGCUGUCGAGGCGGGAGGCAUUGGCUGCUUCCAUUGCUGCGAGAUUGGGCAAAGGAGCUGGUCCAGAAGCUCCGAAAGCUGCGUCGCCCGCUGCAGCCGCACGGACGCGAAGGCCGAAAGCAGCAGAUAUGUUUGCGGAUUCUGAUAGCGAGUAA